AUGGGCCCCUUCGAACCAGUCAUUUGCCAAGCAGGCAAUUACUGUCCAGAAGAAGAGAAUGGGAAGGUCUCUCGUGUAUGCCCUACUGGCUCCUACUGUCAGCCCGGAGCGGCCACGCCGACGCCGUGUUUGACUGGUAGCCGGUGCCCGGAAGGCUCCUCUUACGAACUCUUCCUCAUCCCCUUCGUGAUUUUGAUCAUUGUCGACGUCUUCAUGAUCAUGGGCAUGAUUAUCUACAGGGUCCGCAAGCGCUUUCAAGAACGCCAAGCCAACAAGUCGGCAGCUGUAAGACCGCCUUUGAAGCAUCGCGGAAUGGGCAGUGUAAGGGCCCAGAUCACAGGGUACCGCGCACUUUCCAACGACACCGAUCAAGAGAUGCUUCCUGUAAGCGCAACUUAUAUGCCAAAGCGCACCGACUCCUUUGGCGGUGGAUUCUUGGCCGCACUCGACCUUGGCUCUCAAUCUUCUGUCAACACGCGACCGACUAGCGAGCAACUCAACCCACAACUCAUGGCAUUUGUUUCUUCGAUGCGCCGGGCAACGGAUGCCACCAACUUUGGUCUGUCUUUCAGCUACUCCGAGCUCAGCUUUCAACCCAAGAAAAGCUCCAAGAAGAUCCUGCAGAAUGUUACUGGUUCCAUAGAUCGCGGAACUCUCACAGCGGUUAUGGGUGGUUCCGGUGCUGGCAAGUCGACUUUCGUUAACGUACUGAUGGGCAAGACGAAGAACACGGGAGGCACAGUUGCGGUCAACAGCAGUCCUGACAAAUUGAAGCGCUACAAGAAAGUCAUCGGCUACGUCCCCCAAGACGAUAUUGUUCUGCCAGAGCUUACGGUCUACGAGAACAUUGUCCACUGCGCCAAGAUCCGACUGCCCCAGACCUGGUCAAUUGCCGACAUUGAGUGCCACGUCGACUCUGUCAUCGACUGUCUAGAGCUGUCACACGUACGAAACUCGUUGGUGGGAUCGGUCGGGAGACCUGUCAUCAGCGGAGGGCAGCGCAAGCGUGUGAGCAUUGGUAUGGAGCUUGCAGCAGCCCCGAUGGCCAUUUUCCUCGACGAGCCGACCAGCGGUCUCGAUGCCACUGCGGCUUCGUCCAUGAUGCGAACGUUAAAGGCUGUUGCGCGUCUUGGAAUUACUGUCAUUGUUAUCAUCCAUCAGCCUCGGACGGAGAUAUUUGAUUUGUUCGACAACCUGAUCCUCCUGGGUAACGGGCAAACCAUCUAUGAAGGACCCCAGCGCCACGCACAAGAUUACUUUGAGGGCAUGGGCUACAACUUCCCGGAACACAGUAACCACGGCGACGUUAUCACAGACAUCAUCACCGGAAACGGCCGCGACUACAAGCAUAUCGGUGAAAUAUCCAAGGAUUCUCUCAUUUCGAGCUGGUCAAGUUAUCGCCAGGUCAAUGCCAAUAAGGAGCGCCAUGCUUCAUCGAUCAUGAGCAAUGAUGGGAUAUAUUCUGCCAUCAAGCACCGUGGUGCUCCACUCUGGAAGCAAAUCUGGCUUUGCUUACGCCGCGCAAUGAUCCAGCAGUAUCGAACUAAAGCAGCCUUCUGGGCUGAGAUGGGGUUGGCCGCACUUGCCGGUCUACUCCUUGGAUUGGCUGAGCAUUCGAAAAAAGGAAUUCUGUUUGUCGGCACAUUCAACGAGCCAUACUCUAUCCUGUCUACAGCAGUCGAUUUCAAAUCUGCGCCUGAGCUGGCGCUUCUUGUCGCCAUCGCCAUCGGCCUCGUCGCAGGUGCACCCGGUGUUAAAUCCUUCUCGGAAGAGCUGUUGGUGCAACGGAGAGAAGCCGAAGCUGGACAUUCGCGACUGGCGUACUUCCUUGCGAAGGUGCUUUCCGUGCUGCCGCGGAUGCUGUUCGGCUGUUUGCACUUCACGACUUUUCUUCUGCUCCUGACGGUCCCAAUCAUUAGCUGGGGCCUCGCUUUCCUGGUCAACUUUCUCUACUUCUAUUGCAUAUAUGGUCUAGCGAGCAUCGUCAGUAUGGUAGUCCGACGAGAAGAUGCCCCGCUAUUUGCGACGAUGAUCAGCCUCAUCGUCGCUAUUUUGUCCGGUGCUGCUCCCCCGCUGGCCAAAGUCAGGGAGUGGCAUAUGGAAUGGUUAUGGCGUGCUUCACCUGGCGUUUGGCUCGCAGAAAUCUACUUUGGCCAGCUUGUUUCGCCCUUCGGUUAUCUUUACAAUAUCGAAUCAGCUGCAGCGGGCUCUGGCUUUCACUUGGAUUGGGUCUGGCGUAAUAUGGGCGUUUUGGUGGGCAUUGGUACCGUCUAUAGAUUGGUUGCUUUCUUCGCGAUGCUUUUUGGGCACCGCAGGCGUAGGUAG